AUGUUCCGCUACGAGUCUUUGGAGGAUUGUCCUCUGGAUGAAGAUGAAGAUGCAUUUCAGGGCUUGGGAGAGGAGGACGAAGAGAUUGAUCAAUUCAAUGAUGAUACAUUUGGGUCAGGUGCAGUUGAUGAUGAUUGGCAAGAAGCACAUGAGCGCCUGGCUGAACUGGAGGAGAAGCUGCCUGCAGCAGCUAAUGAACAAACCGGCAAUGGGGAAAGGGAUGAGAUGGACUUGUUGGGUGACCAUGAGGAAAAUCUGGCAGAGAGGCUCAGUAAGAUGGUGAUUGAAAAUGAACUCGAAGACCCAGCUAUCAUGAGGGCGGUACAGACCAGGCCAGUGUUGCAACCCCAACCAGGAAGUCUGAAUUCCAGCAUCUGGGAUGGAUCUGAAGUUCUGAGGCGAAUCCGAGGACCCCUGCUUGCUCAGGAAAUGCCUACAGUGUCUGUGUUAGAAUAUGCCUUGCCUCAGAGGCCCCCCCAGGGCCCAGAAGACGAUCGGGACCUUUCCGAGCGCGCACUACCAAGGCGGUCCACCUCGCCUGUCAUUGGGAGUCCUCCUGUUAGAGCUGUCCCCAUAGGCACCCCACCUAAGCAGGUGGCUGUGCCCAGCUUCAACCAGCAGAUUCUGUGUCCAAAGCCUGUCCAUGUUCGGCCCCCAAUGCCACCGCGGUACCCUGCUCCCUAUGGUGAGAGGAUGUCUCCAAACCAGCUCUGCAGUGUCCCGAACUCCUCCCUGCUGGGCCACCCUUUCCCACCUAGUGUCCCUCCUGUCCUCAGCCCCCUCCAGAGAGCACAGCUUCUUGGAGGAGCGCAGCUACAGCCUGGACGGAUGUCUCCCAGCCAGUUUGCACGGGUCCCUGGAUUCGUGGGCAGCCCGCUUGCUGCCAUGAAUCCCAAGCUGUUGCAAGGGCGAGUCGGGCAGAUGCUCCCCCCAGCGCCAGGCUUCCGCGCCUUCUUCAGCGCCCCACCCCCCGCUACACCACCACCUCCACAGCAGCACCCCGCCGGUCCAGGACCCCACCUGCAAAACCUAAGAUCACAGGCCCCAAUGUUUAGACCAGACACAACCCACCUUCAUCCACAGCAUCGUCGACUCUUGCAUCAGAGACAGCAACAGAGUAGAAAUCAGCAUCGGAAUCUCAAUGGUGCAGGAGACAGAGGGGGUCACCGGAGCAGUCAUCAGGAUCAUAUCCGAAAGGAUCCAUAUGCCAACCUCAUGCUGCAGCGAGAAAAAGACUGGGUCUCUAAAAUCCAGAUGAUGCAGCUGCAGAGCACUGAUCCCUACCUGGAUGAUUUUUAUUACCAGAAUUACUUUGAAAAACUGGAGAAACUGUCAGCUGCUGAAGAAGUGCAAGGUGAUGGCCCGAAAAAGGAGCGUACCAAGCUCAUCACGCCUCAGGUGGCCAAGCUGGAGCACACCUACAAGCCAGUGCAGUUUGAGGGCUCUUUGGGAAAGCUCACUGUCUCUAGUGUGAAUAAUCCCCGAAAAAUGAUUGAUGCUGUUGUGACAUCUCGGAGUGAGGAUGAUGAGACAAAAGAAAAACAGGUUCGGGACAAAAGACGAAAAACCCUUUUCAUAAUUGAGAAAACCUACAGUUUACUGCUUGAUGUGGAGGAUUAUGAAAGGCGUUACCUCCUAAGUCUGGAAGAAGAGCGACCUGCCCUGAUGGAUGAAAGAAAGCACAAAAUCUGUUGCAUGUAUGAGAACUUAAGGGGGAAAUUGCCUGGGCAGGAGAGGCCAAGUGAUGACCACUUUGUACAGAUCAUGUGUAUCCGGAAGGGGAAGAGAAUGGUGGCCCGGAUCCUGCCUUUCCUCCCCACGGAGCAAGCAGCUGACCUUCUCCUGACAACAGCCAGGAACCUCCCCUUCCUCCUCAAGAAGGACGCGCAGGAUGAGGUGCUGCCAUGCCUAUUGAGUCCCUUCUCUCUCCUCCUCUACCAUCUUCCACCAGUGACUGUCACCAGCCUUCUGCAGCAGCUGAUGAACCUACCUCAGAGCACAGCGGCCCCAGCUCCAUCCAACCCGCACCUCUCUGCUGUGCUCCAGAACAAGUUCGGCCUGUCACUGCUCCUCCUCGUCCUGAGCCGCGGGGAAGACCUACAGAGCUCAGACCCUGCUUCAGAAUCGGCGCAAAGCAACCCGUGGACGGAGGUGAUGUUCGUGGCAACCCGAGAACUUUUGCGGAUUCCCCAGACAGGCCUGGCCAAGCCAAUCUCUGUACCCACAAACCUAGUAUCCCUCUUUUCUCGUUAUGUUGACCGACAGAAACUGAACUUGCUGGAGACAAAACUGCAGCUAGCUCAGGGGAUUCGGUAA